GUGUUCUGGUUUAUGAAAUAAUGGGCCACGGAGGAGGGGGUCACGGUGGUGGUGGUCAUGGCGGUGGAGGUCAUGGUGGCGGUCACGGUGGAGGCGGCCACGGUGGAGGUCACGGUGGAGGUCAUGGGGGAGGACAUGGAGGUGGGGGUCACGGCGGAGGCCAUGGUGGAGGCGGCCACGGUGGAGGACAUGGUGGGGGCGGCCACGGUGGAGGACAUGGUGGAGGUGGCCACGGUGGAGGACAUGGUGGGGGCGGCCACGGUGGAGGACAUGGCGGUGGAGGUCAUGGGGGAGGACAUGGAGGUGGGGGUCACGGCGGAGGUCAUGGCGGAGGCGGUCACGGCGGAGGAGGUCAUCAUGGCUAG